GACUGCUUUCAGAGUUCAGCAGAAACGGACGCGAGACGCACGUCGUAAACCAAUCUCCACUGCACAAGGUCUUUAAACUUCAGUCGUGAUCUUGGAUCUCAGAAGACGUUGACUCCACACUUCCAGAGCUGGAUUUAAUUUCCAUUGUGACGCGAUUUAUGGACGGUAGGAAUAUUUCUCACUUCAAACAUGCAGACUGUGUAAGUUUUUAUUAAAGGAAACUUUUACUUGACUAUUCCAAUCAACCAGGACAAAUAUGCUGUAUUCACUAAAGUUUACCUUGGAAUAUUUGGUGCACAGUCUGGAUCGCCAGUAGACAACCACAUACUCAUCGGAAAAGAGAAGAGGACAGAAGCCGAACUAUACUCCUUAUAUCACCAGGACCGCCAAGAACCUCUUCGGAACAUCUCUCGACAUCUUUCGACGAGGGAUUCGUGAUUAAAACGGAAAUCGUCGGUGACGCAGAACAAAUCGUCUCACAGAACGUCGCCGACUUUACGUGACUCUAUCAUCUCAAAAGAAUAGGAAAAUUGCAACAUCAUUAUUGCACAACAGGGCAUGAUUUAUUCCUCUGUAGAUUGCUUGUGACUCUAAAUUGGAAUUGGAAGUAGGGCCAUCGUCAGUCUCCGGUACUGUUCGGCGUCCUUCGUCUUCGUCCGGAAUCUUCGUAAAACACAUCGUGGGUGUCGGGCACUGACCGAAAAUAAGCAGCUGAUUCGUCGCUCGGAAAUCAAUUCAUCUUGCCAACUGUUUUAAUAUAGAAUCCCGAUUGAAACUUUGAUAAAAGCAUCAUGACGAAAAUACACAACACAAUUGUUUGUCUCACGCUUACUCUUCUUUUCGUGACUGUGAAUGCCGGAGGAGCUACCCCUAACUGGUUGCAUUCUAUCUGCUCUUGGUUCGGUUUCUGUAACGAGGUUUGUUACGGAGACCUCGGGUGCUUCGACACCUCGCUCAACUGCCACCGGGACUUCUUUCCGCCCCUCCCACCCGAAGACAUCAACACCUAUUACGUCAUCUAUACGCGUCAAACGGACUCAGAGGGGAUUCCCCAAGCCGUUGUCAGAGCGAAUGCGACCAGGGAGACGAUGUUGGAGAUGAUCGGUGAGAGACGGAUCACAUUCAUCCUACAUGGCUGGUGCGAGGGUAUCUGGAAGCAGUGGAUCCUGGACCUCAGGGAUGCACUUCUAGAGAAGGAAGACUUGGCCGUUGUGAUGGUAGACUGGUCUGAUGGCGCCGAGUCUCUUAACUACCUGAAAGCAGUCCAGAACAUGCGCGUGGUGGGAAGGGAAGUGGGCAAGUUCAUCCAACUUCUGCACGAGUACACGGACCUACCCUACGACCAGUUCCACCUUAUCGGACAUAGUCUCGGAGCCCAUGCCGCUGGGUUCGCCGGUCAGAUGCUGCCCGGGCUUGGCAGAAUCUCAGCUCUUGAUGCCGCGGGUCCGAGCUUUGAAGGCACCCACGAAGACUGCAGAUUGGACGAAACAGACGCCCUCUACGUCGAUGCCAUCCAUACAGAUUCAGGAAAACUGAGCGAAGGUGGCGUUGGCAUUUCUCAAAGAGUUGGUCACAGCGAUUUUUAUCCCAACGGAGGCUACGCACAGCCCGGCUGUAGAUGGUGGAUGGUCGGAUGUAGCCAUGCUCGAUCGCAUCUUUACUUCAUUGAGUCCGUCCGGCUACCUCAGUGCCGAUUCGCCGCCAUACCCUGCAACAGCGAGGAAGACUUCGUAGCCGGACGAUGCCGGUCGUGCGGCGAACACGGUUGUAAACUGAUGGGCUACUACACAGACGAGCACCAUAAUAACGGAUCGUUUUUCCUCAGCACCCGGGGUCAUAGCCCCUACUGCACCAAGAUGAAGUUCUACUGGAGGCGGUUCUAUCUACUGCGGCAGAAGCGAUCGGCUGCUAUGUCACCGGAAGGCAAGGAAAAGAAAAACAGAAACAGCAACCUCGUGCCUCUCUCAUGACAUGAUUCUGUCCAAACAGUUUAGAACUUUUGUCUUAAAUAACUGCACUUAAUUAUAUAUUCGAAAUGGCAGUCCAAGUCAUUGGGUUGCUCUUUCGACCAUGGUACCACCGAAGAUUCAUCUCCAGACAAAAGGCAUCAGCAGCUAACUAAUCCUUAUACCAUGUAUACCUAUUCCAAGGUUUCUUUAUUAUAUCCCAUUCUGGUUUGUUUGUAAGCUGUGAGCUCAGGGCCUCGCCUUACAAAGAGCUGUGAUUGAUCCAUUCAAGCUCAAGUAUAGAAACCCAUCAAUGUCAUAGUUAUGCCCUCAACACUUUGGAAACGAGGAGGACCACACUGGUAUGUCAAGACAAUGACACAUGCAUCAUAUACAUCAUAUUCAGAAUACAAUUUAAUCGGGAAUGUUGGAGUUGCUGGCUUUCCAUAGUUCGGAUCAAUCUCAACUCUUUACACUGCAAAAACUCUGGUAUUGAUUUAACACCAGCCCGGAAUAUAUAUAUGUCCACACCAGAGAAGUGUUAAACAACACCAGUUUCGUUUUGGUCUAACACCAGGUAGGUGUUUAUACAAUACCAAUUAGUAUUAAACAGCAUCGGUUUGAUUCCAAACUGGUGUUGUUUCAAUACUUCUUUGGUGUGGACAUAUAUAGAUUCCGGGCUGGUGUUAAAUAAACACCAGAGAUUUUGCAGUGUAAAAGACGGGACCAAGAACGCCUCUGUGUACUCUAUCUGCCGGGGUUAAAUCCCUCAAUAUCCGAUCGACGUCUCAGGUGUCGACCGAUUUCUGCAGAUGAGAGGUGGCCAAAACAUUUUAUUAUCGGAUAUAAUUAUUUAAGAGAAAUGUGCAUGUUCGCUUGAUUUCUUGCAAUAUACCGGACCCCGUCUCACAACGAGUUGCUAUUGUGAUCUGAUCAACCACAACUACGGAACGCCAGCAAUGUCAACGUAUAUAAUACAUGUUUGUCCAAAACGUGUUCUAGAUAUAAUGUACAUUCAUACAUUUAUCGUUUUCUUGAAAAUUGAGUAUGAUCAUCUUUAAUACUAAAUAGGUUCAUUAUUGCGGACUGAAAUAAUCGCUAGAGGGUAUUCAUAUGUCUCGCAAUCUACUAUGGUC